UCUUUCUCCGCUGUAGAGAAUUUUCUCACUCCUUCCACCACCUCAUCUACUGUCAAUUCCUACCGAGCCACACAUCAACACGUCAUCAACCCCUCACCAGGCUUCAUCGGUAUGGCAUCCGCGGAUCAAGGCCUGAACGACCGGCAAUCCGACAAUACGCUAGCUGAUCCUGCCAUUGCCGACAUGGACGCAAGCAAAGACUCUACCACGGUCGUCGUCGCUCCGGCUUCAUCUUCACCAGGCAAGGCAUCCAAGAGCGCGAAAGCGGCCAAGAAGGAUAAGAAAAAGGCUGCGAAGACUAAGUCAAAGAAGCAGCUCAAGAAGGCGAAGAAGCACAAGAAAACAGCCAACCUAGACACUGAUGACUCAUACGAUGAUUUGACUGACGACAGCGACUCAGAGGCUGGAAAGAAUUCUUUCGAUUCGGAAGACAGUUCUUCUGAAUCGUCCGAAAGUGAUAGUGAGAGGGAGCACGGCAAGUCUAAGAAGAAAUCCAGCGGCAAAGGCAAGAAUGGCCGAUCCUCGAAGAAGCAAAAGUACAAGUCACUUCGGAAACGGACUCCAUUGUCCUCUUCCUCCUCCUCUGACUCCGAUUCUUCCGAAACUAUCGAAGAUUCGGAUGAUGAUGCGCCUGGAAAAGUCGGUGGUGUUACCAGGGUCGCAAUGACACCUCAUCAAUUGGCACUCUUCAGACAGAUGCAGGCUGGCGCCCCGCUCUAUCCAAAAAGCAACGGUCUCGGUAAUGCUGGCCUCAGUCACGGCUCUUCCAUGACUGGCAACAAAUUCGCAAAGCGCGGGAAGUUUCCUUCACCGCCUGCGCCUCCAAAGAAGAGAUCCUCCAAGCUGGACUUCAAGCGAGUUGAUCAGGUCUGGGACACCACGAUUCACAACUACAGACUUCAGGAGACAUCGGCGACCACUUCGAACUCGCAGUACGACGGAUAUGUGCUGCAAGUCAGGCGUACCUUUGACUGGGAAGGCAAGUACCAGACCACCUACCUCGAUGUCAAAAGCAGGGUCUUGCGCGAGUGCCUUCAAGAGGUGAUUGGCAACAUCAAAGGAAUCAGCCUUGUCGAUGAGACUCCCAAGCUGAAUCCCAACAUGGUAUUCUUGUACCUAGAAGACUUACGAAAGUACCGCAAGGCGUUGAGCAAGAUUUCGACCACGGACUUGAACAAGAAGGAGCGCAAGAAGUUCAGAAAGGACAUCGAAAACAAGCGCCAGCAUCUCAAAGUGCUUCUCAAGUAUCUUGACAAGGACUAUGCCGAAGUCAAGAAGAGCCUCUAUCCCAUGCUGGAGAAUGGCCUCAUCACCUUCGAUCUUCUCUGGGCUCUUUUCAAACCCAACACCCUCAUCUACACCACCACGUACGGCUCCUCCGAUGAGCCUCGAGUCUUCAAGGUGGAGCAGGCGGAGAAGAUGUGCAGCAUGACAAAGGGAGAGUUCUACCUUCUUGACGGCAAGUACUUGGAGUAUGAUGGGAAACAAUUCGGGUAUGGGACUCUCUGUGAGGAGAUCCCGGAGUUUCGAGGCGCUCGAAAGAUCAGUAGCCUCAACGCCUUCCCUCUUGAUUACCAUAAGGAGGAGGAAGGGAUCAAGGCUGCCCUUAUCGAGCGUGGCAAGAAAUUCGUCAACCUCGGCGGUGUGCACUACCGAAGCCACCACGGCUUGGCGUACUACAAGAAAAAGAAGAGCAUCAUCAAGGUCAACAUAAACGGACGCAUCAUGGUCGACCCCUCUGUCCACCGCAGGAUCAACCCGAACUAUCAAGUCUCUGCCGUCAGGCCCAAGGACCACGACAUUCUCUCUGACUCGGAGGAUUCUGAUGACGACGAGAAGCUUUGCGAGAAUGACGAUUCAACCUCGGAGAACGCAUGUGGUAGUGACGACGAUGCGGGCUGCGGGAAGAUGGCCACAAAGGUUGUUCGCGAUGCCAAGGGUAAGAUUCGCAUGCUCCGAAUUCCCAAAUCCAUGGUCGAAGACUCUGCUGUACAGGAGAAACCGCUGGAGCGCGUCGACGAAGCUAAGACCGGCGAGGAGUCCAACGAGGAGGAGGAUAGUGGCAAGACGAAGAAGGCUCUGGAGUUCUCUGACGAGGAUUACCUUAUUGCAUCUUCUGUUGUGUUGGGAUUCUCCUUCUCCGAGAAGCUCUGGCUUGAGUUUACCGUCUCCGGAGUCAAUGACAUUCAGUGGAAUGAUGGCGCGUAUGAGUCUUUGGUGCUUGAGCCGAAGCAGAAAGACAUAGUCAAGGCUCUCGUCGAGUCGCACAAGUACCAUGCUGCCGAGAGCAUUGACGAUGUCAUCCAAGGCAAGGGCAAAGGUCUUGUCGCUGUACUCCACGGACCGCCUGGAACUGGUAAAACGCUCACAGCCGAAGGCAUCAGCGAGCUUCUCACGUGUCCCUUGUACAUGGUUUCUGCCGGGGAGCUAGGCACUGACUCUCGAUACUUGGAGACGGAGUUGCAGAAGAUCCUCGACAUCUGCCACGCCUGGGGCGCCAUUCUCCUUCUCGACGAGGCCGAUGUGUUUCUCGAAAAGAGAAAUCUCCACGAGAUCUCACGCAACGCACUGGUUAGUAUCUUUUUGCGCCAGCUCGAGUAUUUCCAGGGCAUCUUGUUUUUGACAACCAACCGAGUCGAGACCUUUGAUGAUGCAUUCCAAUCACGUAUUCACAUUGCUUUGCGUUACGAUAGUCUCACACAGAAGGCUAAAAAGGCCAUCUUCAAGAUCUUUGUAGAGCGGGUCCGUGUUCUCGAGAAGAUUGACCUCAAGCCCUUCACUGAGGAUGACUAUGAAAGUCUUGCGAAACAUGAUCUCAAUGGUCGCCAGAUCAAGAACACUAUCCGGACCGCCCAGGCCCUGGCCGUCAACAAGGGUGAGCCGCUUGGUAUGGAGCAUAUCUCGCAGGUCCUGGACGUCCAGAACAGCUUCGACCUCCAUCUCAAAGGUGGGGAGUCAUACAAAGAUGCCAUGAGAAGCUACUAUUACAGUAUCUGA